UUGCAGUAUCGAACGAAAUGCAUGUACCGCAACAUAUUACAAUUGCGGGAGGCGCUGGUCAGGAAUAUACAAGACAACGUCUUAUCAAUGCGGCUGAUAAGUAUGCUUAUCAGAUGAAUGUACCAGAAAGGAUUCUUGUUGCCGGAGGUGAUGAAACACGUGCUGACCGUGCUCCACCGUCCGAAGUAAUGCUUGACCGUAUGGCUGUUCACUAUCCAACUGCUGAGCUGGCCAGUCCACCGGGCGUAUUGACACUCGAUAAAGCGUCAUACCCAGAAAUUGCUGGCGAUAGGCCUUCUCCUAAAGAUUCGCCUCCUUUACAAGAACUUUCGUCAUCAUUGGCGGUAGAAGAAAAUCCUGUGCGUGAAUUGAAAUUAAUGAGACGACAGCUAGGACGUUUGUCGACACGUUUGUAUCAGUUAGAAGACGAUUUCGAACGCAGAAGAACUAAGGAAUCCUUCUUAUGGACAUAUGUAUUCAGUAUUACUGGUCUAUUUUUGUAUUUAUUUUUUAAGAAAAAAUUUAGAAUUCGCUUUUCGUGUUACUCUGUGAGUUGCAUUCACGAUAAGAAAUGCGUCGUACAUUGUAUUCCAAUGAAUUCUUCCAUAUUUUGUAAAUGUUCUAUAAUUUAA